CGCCAUCAGUGCCCAUCACUAAAUCUGAAAAUGUAAACAGUGGCCGGGUGAGGGACGCCCCUGCGGUCUUUAAUCAUGGCCCAGUGGCCGCUAUUGGUGUUCCUAGGGGUGAGGGUGGCCUGCGUGGCCCUCGUGCAGACCUGGUUCGUGCCCGACGAGUACUGGCAGGCGACGGAGGUGGCCCACAGCAUGGCGUUCAGGUACGGCUACAAGACCUGGGAGUGGCAGGAGGGCAUCCGUGGGGUCCUGUACCCGGCCGUCCUCGCUGGGGUCUUCAAAUUUCUGGCCCUCCUUGGUGCUGACACCCCCUUGCUGCUGAUCCAUGUCCCAAGGCUACUUCAUGCCUUGGCUUUUGCUGUUGGCGAUUACCACAUCUGGAGGCUGUCUAAGACUCUGUACGGCAGUGCAUCAGCGCGGUGGACCGCUGUCUGUCUCUCUACCAGCUGGUUCCUGGGCUACUGUGCCCCCCGGACCCUCACCUCCUGUGUGGAGACGGUGCUGCUGGCUGUGGCGUUCAGUUGCUACCCAUGGAGAAGGGAGAAAGAGAGCCACAGUGCCAAUUAUCUGUGGCCGGUGGGGCUGGCGUGUGCUGUCCGGCCUACCGCUGCUGUGCCUGUCCUGCCCCUGGCCAUCCAACACCUCUGGCACUCCCAUCACAGGUGGCGGCUGCUGCUCCACUAUAUCAUGAUAACGACAACACUCGUGGUGCUCACCGUUGUCCUGGACAGCUGGUACUACGGAGAGCUUGUGGUGGUACCCUGGCGGUUCAUUCGCUUCAACGUGGUGUCGGGCCUCUCCGCCCACUACGGCACCCUCCCCUGGCACUGGUACAUGAGUCAGGGGGUGCCCGUCAUCCUCGCCACCCACCUGCUGCCCUUCUGCCUGGCCCUGUACCACCAGCCGGCCAGACACCAGAGCCUCAUGUCUGUCAUCCUCUGGUCACUCCUUGUAUACAGCUGUCUUGGACACAAGGAGUUCCGCUUCCUGCUGCCGGUGCUGCCGCUGUGCAUGUGUAUGGCGGGGGACCACAUUGCCUUCCACCUGUCAGCACACGUCAAGAGGAAGGGCCGCCCCGCAGGACUAUGGCGCUGGGUUGUGUUCCUGUGCCUGGCGGUCCCUAACGCCUGUGCCCUGCUGUACCUGGGCCUGGUGCACCAGCGGGGGCCCCUGGACGUCAUGCAGGUGCUAAGGGCCGAGGCAGAGGCUCACCCACGCCCGGACGUCCUCUUCCUGAUGCCCUGCCACUCCACGCCUUACUACAGCCACCUGCACCUGAACAUAACGAUGCGCUUCCUCACCUGUGAACCCAACCUGAAGGGGGAGGAAGAAUACCUGGACGAAGCCGACCUGUUUGACAACGACCCUCUCACCUGGAUGGAGCGAGAGUAUGGUAACCAACCCUCACUCCCGUUUCAAAGUAAGGGCACUGAGAGGGAAGAAGAGAAGGAAGCAGAUGAUAUGGGAAGUAGUAGGAGGGAAGAAGAAAGAGUUAACAGUAAGAGUGAAGCAGAGGAAGGAAGAGGAACAGAAGGGGGAGAUAUAGGAGAAAAUAGAAGAGGAGGAGGAGGAACAAAAGGAAACAUAGAAGAUGGAAACAGAAAACAAGUACAAAGUCACAGAGAAAACAUAAUAAAUGAAAGCAAAACAGGAGAAGGAACAAACAUGCGACAAUCACCUCCUCGUAACCUACCGUCACAUCUCGUCAUGUUCAGCGUGUUGAGUGGAAAAAUAAAGGAAUUCCUCUCGGCCCACGACUACCACCUCUGCCAUGAGCUCUUUCACGCACACAUAGAGGAUGGGAGAAGGAGCAAGCUCAUCCACGUCUACUGCAGGGCAAGACCAAGACCGAGAGGCUAGAUAAUAAGCGUAAAUAUACAGCUGAAAGAUGUUAGUGAGAAGGGUUGGGCCAGUUUGUCAUUCACCAUUGUCUGAUCAUGUGCUGGACUUGUGGUUGCCAGUGUUUGUGUUUUGUUUGUAUAUGUGAUGUUAGGUGUGUGUGUGUGUGUGUGUGUGUGUGUGUGUGUGUGUGUGUGUGUGUGUGUGUGUAUUUGAUUUAUUGUUAUGCCAGUCCUCCUUUUAUGUCUGGUAGUAGGUGUGAGAGAGAGAGAGAGAGAGAGAUUGAUUGAAUGAUUAAUUUAGCACGGUACAUUCCUGUGAUUGUGUUCAUCAUCAAACUAUUUGUACUUUUGUAACAUACUGAUGUAUGUGAAACACUUUAGUAUAAAUAUAUAAUUUAAACCAAAAUACAAAUCCA